AUCGACAUGGCGCCAUAGCUGUUGCGAGUUGCGACACAAUAGCGUGACAAGUCAUGUCAUUCUUGCCCAUGAUACAUGAAAAAAUCCAAUGGCAGAUUCUUUUUUCGGGUUCGAUAAUUCGUUAUCGAACUUAAAUGACGAUGACUGCGGUGCUGAACCUUCAGAGGAGGAGUAUGAUGCUCUUAACAAUGAGACCUUUGGACAUGAUGAUGAUCUCGAUUGGGAGGUGGAACAUGAGCAACACGCAAACCAGGUUGAGAGCAGUAGGCGUCAAAAUGCUAUGGACGAGGCUGAUUCAAGACUCGAAGCAUCAUUAUCUCAGCUAGUGCUGGAUGAUAGUGAUGUUCAGCCAAGAACAUCUCUUGGCUCCAGUGUGUGGAGACAUGACUUCUUUCCUACACCACCUGUGGCUGCGGCUCCACCUCUUAAGAAUGUUUGUACAGUGGAGGAACUGGAAAGGCAAUUGCGACAAAACCAGCCGCCUCAAAAUUACAACCAAAAUUACUUUCAGCCAAGGUUUCCACCGGUUAUUUUACAAAGACCACCAGGUCUACAAGCGCCGGUUUCGUUACCUUUCGCGCCUCAACAACCAAUUGGUCAUAAUCUGAACCAAAUGAACAAAGCUAUGGGUCAAAAUCUACCGAACAACCAGCUGAUGAACCAUUUACCACAAAAUAUGAAUAUGGGGCAGAGCAAAUUGAACCAAUUUCUGCAAAACAAUCAAUUUCAAAAUGUGGGACACGGUCUCAUUAACCAAAUGCCACAAAAUAUGAACCAGAUGGGCCAAAACGUCAAUCAAAUGGGUGGGAAUGCCAACCAAAUGGGCCAAAUGCAUUUGAACCAAUUUCAGAAUUUAAAUCAAAAUCAGAUGCCUCAAAGUUUUAAUCAAAUGGGACAAAUGAAUCACAUAGGACAAAAUCAAAAUUUGAAUCAAAUACAAAAUGUACCUAUGAGUCAAAAUUCUAAUCAAAAUAUGAAUCAGAUGGGGCCGAACUCCCAUCAAAUGGGUCAAAAUGCCAAUCACAUGAUGCCGAAUGGGAAUUUUGGUGGAAAUUUUCACAAUAUGGGAAACCCUAGAAUGAUGGGACCUCCACCCGGCAUGGGCAUGCCGAGGCAGAAUUUUAACUCGAAUGCUAAUACAUUCAAUCAGAAUUUUCGGGCCCCACCACCAAAACCCGAACAGAUAAAAGCUAAACAAAACCAAACCCAAUCACCGAAGAAGCGACCGGAACCAAAAAUUAAAAGUCAAGUUUACAAUAAUUCCCAAAAGCUGACAUCGCAGAAUUUGGUUGAAAUGAUUCAAAAUACACAUCCGAUGUUGAUGUAUAACAGUUUUCACAAUGCGAGCCAUCAUCCAAUGCUGGGAAGGAAUUUUAACAAUAUAAUCCACCCGAUGUUGGGGCAGCGGAAUGGUGGAUAUAACCUUAGUCAAGACUCCACCAGCGAAGACGGUAGUACGUCAAGCGACGUCGACGAAUACGCGGGCUUGAUGACGCAACGCGAGAAACAAUGGCUCAUUAAUAUACAGAUGUUGCAACUGAAUACGGGAACACCCUAUAUACACGACUUUUAUUAUACGGUGUUCUUAGAGAGACAAGCAAACAAAGAGAAAGCCGGUAUCAAGGAAGCGCACAAGGCAAACCAACAGAACCAUCCCUUCUAUAGUGGAGGUAAACAAGAAGACACACAUAGACACAGAGAGAGACACAACUCGCACAGACACAACUCGACAAGUGAAGACCAGACAAGGACAUAUGUGCCGCUGCAGUUUGAGAACUCAUUGGGGAAAUUACAGUGCGGCAGUGUAACAGCCCCCCGUAAGAUCAUCGACGUGGAGGUAGUGGGUUCAGAACCAGCUGGAUCACGAUUGUCACGAGCACCCAGUGUUGCUAGCUCCACUCAUCCAUCUGAGAUACCUCGUGAGAUGAAAAGAACGAAACAACUUCUAUUGGACAUCGAAGCUCUUUACCUUAUUUUGUUGAGGCUGGAGGAACUCAAUGAUCCGUUGGCGAUAUCGAAUGCCCUCAUAUUGAAGGAAAGAGAAGAGAAGCAGAAGCAACUAGAAGCAGCGCAGAAAGAGGCCGAAGUGCAGGAGGAUGAAUCGAAUGUAUUCUUAAAGAAUAUAGAGUCGGUGCAACGAAGGCCUAAACAGGACAGUCCUAAGAGUGACUGUGUGGAUAAGAGACAGGUAGUGAAUCUGGCGAUGAAUCAGAAGCCAGUCCCCGUAAAGAAUCUGUUGGAUGAGGACAGGGAUGAAUUACUCAGCAAGAUGUUCACCGGGCUACUGUACGGAGACAGGUUGUCUCAGAUGUUGACUGUGAGAAAGGGACGGGUUCUUGUUACGCGUUUUAUCACCCGAGUCCCGGCGACACAUUCUCGACUUCGCUUCUUCUGGUGCCGUAUUUUACGCGCUCUGCCCUCCACGAGAUGCAGGUUCGACUCCCGGGUGGCUGAUUUGGCGGAUCAUUAUCGCAAGUACAUACAAAACAGCUCAGCAUGGAUUGCAGUGUUGGAGUGUUGCGGGAUUAUAGCUGAAACUCUGGAUCCCGCAAGGACCCCGUAUGCCCUUACUAAUCCUUUAACUCUGAGCUGCGUUUGCGCAUUGGCCGAAAAGGCAAUGAUCCUCUCGAACACGCCAGAAGCGACAUCCAGCGAACGACAGUGGUUCAAAUUUCUCAAAACUGUCGCGAGAGCGCUCAAAAAUACAACUUUGAAUGUGGCAAAACCGGUUUCGCCACUGUCAGAGGCAAAACUACUGCAUCAUAUCAAGCAGCUGGAAUCUAGAAGUACCAUAGAGAUACUCCAAAGAGGUAAAAGGGCGUCCGAUUUCGCGGAUUUGACGAAAAAUGACGUUUCCGAGCUUUUAAUAAGGUUCUUGUGCUAGGCGUAGGCGUAUAUAAUGGCGGUAUUUUCGUACUAUUUGCAUUUUGAAUGUUUGAGGUUCAAAUUUCGAUGAAGUGUGGAAGAAAUUGGAAAAAAUUAAUUGUAAAAUGCUUGACAAAAUCGUAUUGUCUCACUCUAACACUUAUAUUUGCUAUAGUUGUGAGUGGGAUAGCAUUAUACCGUGCAUACUAAAUCCACCACGCUAUGUCCACGAUUCGGUACCCAAAAGGCUGUGUUAACACGUAUGGAGACUACUUUCGAAUAACAAUCGUACAUUUUAUACGUAAAUAGCUGACAAAAUCUCCUAUAGAAACUUUAUAAAACAUAUGUAUUAUAAACCGCGGCACAAAAAUGUGUAAUGGAACACGCAAAGGUAAAAAAUACCCCAAAUCGUGUCAAUUGUCAAUAAUGACAGAUGUCAUUCUGGAGAAUGACAAAUUCCCGUGUCAAUGUCUAAGCGAAUUGAUCCAUCAAAAUCCCACUGCUCGAUUUGAAGGGAUUAGUUUUUUUUUUAAAUUUUAUCUAAUUAUGUCAAAUGUCAACAGGGUGUUCAAAGUAACAUUAAUUUCAUAAAGAAGAGUUUCAGGUUCAAAGUUAAUUAUUUUUGGCAGUCCCUUUCUGUGAUCAUAUUAACGCUUUGAUGGAAAGAGACAAGACUAUUUCAGAUCUGUCUAUAUAUGUAUAAAAACAGUGUACACAGUUUAUACUAAACUUUUCUGUCUCUUUUCAUUACAUCUUAUUUGAUAGAGACGGAAGAGUGCUCACAAUUGGGAUUAGUUUUUUUAUAUUAUUUUGAUCGUGGUGGAUUAAAUGGAUUCUGAACUAAGAUUAGUGGAAUUGGGCAAGCUUUUAGCACAAAUAUUGGAUUUAAAUUAUUUUUAUUGCUUGUAAAUUACGCGAAAUUGUAAAUAUGCUCGGUUCCACAGUUGCCCGACGUCUCUCUCGUUUAUUAGGGUUUAGAGAGGGAGCGAUAUAUUGUCGUUCUCAUAUUAGUUUGGAAGAAUGACAGGUGUGGUCACACUGGAUUUUAUUGUUGAAAAUAAACGGGUUUAAAUAUUUUUGGCCAAACUUUAUUCAGUGUGGUCACACCGAAACGCUUUUUUAAUAAUGGCAAUUUUAGUUUUAACGGUGUUGAUAGUUUAUCAUGAGAAAUUGCAUCCGCAAAUCACAAAACGUCUUAUAAUGGAACAUCACUGGGGCCUAUCACUGACAACAUCGAAUAGUGAUGCGGCGAUAAAUCCGUCGAUUUUAUCGAUAGAUUUAUAAUUUAUUUUAAUCCAUUUAUUUAUGUAAAUAUUAAGAAAAUAAAUUUUACCCAUAGAUUUAGUUAGCUUAUGUUACGAAGUAAACAAAUAUAAAAAUUCGCUUUUGUAUUAGUUUAAUAAAUCCAUUGAAUUUUUGAAACAUGGAACAAUAAUAUGUUUACGGUCCAUAAAAAAUUCAUGGAAACAAAAAAAUUAAAUAAAACGGUGGAUUGACCUUUUCGCUUUUCUAGACUGUGAUCGAUAGCUUUUUUUACAGAAUCGAUAUUUCUUAGAUUUUAAUUUGUUAUAUAAGCGCAUGGUAUAAUAUUAAAUGGUCUGACGCUCUCUAUUUAACUAAAAUUUGAUGUCAAACAAAUUAUAAAAAAUCACGCAAUUACCAUAUCUUAUGAUGACUGUGUCAAUGUCAUAUGACAUUACACGUCAGAGUCACUGCCUUAAUCAUUCUAAAUAUGUGUGGUUAAUAGAAUAUUUUAUACAAAUUAUAUAUUUAUAGAAAUGAGAUAUAAAGAUUUAUAUGAAGUUAAAUUACAUUUUUUUAUUAAACUAUAUAUAAACGACUACGGAUAGUAGAAAUAACGUAGUGUUUUUAAUAUAGAACUCGCGUAGACGUUACAUACAUUGUUAUAUAUUCAAACUCCGAAAAAUUGCACUAAACUAAUUUAUUAAUUAGAGUAAAAACAGUUUUAUAGUCGGCGUCAUACCUUAUGUUAUUGUAACGUGUAGGAAAAGUCAGUCCAUCUCAAAAUCACAUUAAUAUAUUUGUUUCGACUAAUGUGACUUUGUUUCUAGGUUUAGAUAUAGUAAAAUGUAUAUGGUAUGAUGCAGCAUAUUAUAUCUCGAUACACGUUUUGAAAUUACGAUUUUGUUAGGAUUUACUAAACGGAAUUCGCUGUAUUAGGAAAUGGGAAAAAUUCUAAAUUUAAAUUACGGAUAAAAAAACGAAUGGUUGUCCGUAAUUUAAAUGUAGGAACUCGGCGUUAACUGCCAAUUGUUGUAAGUUAUUUUGGCUUGUUUGUUAUUUUUUUAACGACUUUUGUUUCGUGUACGAGAGAUCCGAUUAUAUAGUUUUUUUUUACUAAAUAUUAGUAGUUUUUAGUUUAUUUUUUAUCGGUAAAAAUAAAAUGGAGAAUUUGUUUAUGUA